GAAGCUCCACGAUGGGUGUGCGCCUCAGCGACAUGCUCAUCUCACCAUCCCAUCUCAAACACUCGUUCGAGAUCAUCGUGAACAACUUCCUCCUCCUCGUCGCCACACCGGCCAUGGCCCUCGUCGUUCUUCGUAAAGCCGCGCAGCUCGGACCCGGCGAGAUCCUCUCCCGCCUCCAUGGCUUGUGGCAGGUUCACGUUUCGCUGGCAGUGUUCCUUCCAUUCGCCUUGGCCACCCUCUACCUCAUGAGUCGCCCUCGCAGCGUCUACCUCGUCGACUACGCUUGCUGCCGGCCUAAAUCCAGUUGCCGCGUAUCCAUAGCCUCCGCCACCGAGAAUGCUCGCUUUUCGCUCGAUGAUGGCGGUCACCAGUUCAUGGCGCGCAUGCUCAAGCGCUCGGGCCUCGGUGACCAGACUUACGUCCACCCUUCGUUGCACUACAUUCCGCCGCGCUCCAGCUUAAGUUCAUGCAGUGACGAAGCGGAGCAGGUCAUCUUUGCGGCCGUCGACGACCUGCUCGCCAAGACGGGCAUAAGUCCUGAGGCGAUCGACAUACUCGUCACCAACUGCACCACCUUCAACCCAACGCCGAGCUUGGCUGACACCAUCGUGAACAGGUACAAGCUCAGAGCCGACAUCCGGAGCGUGCACAUCUCCGGCAUGGGGUGCAGCGCCGGGGUGAUCUCCUUGGAGGUGGCGAGGAACCUCCUGCACGCGGCGCCCCGUGGCGCGCGCGCCCUAAUGGUGUCCACGGAGUCCACCUCGCUGGUCAACUAUACGGGGAAGAACCGCGCGAUGCUGCUGCCUGCCGCCUUGUUCCGCAUGGGAGCGGCUGCGGUGCUGCUGUCGACGUCCACAUCCAUGUCCCGGUUCCGGCUCACGCACAUCGUGCGGACGAUCACCGCCGCGCAAGACAGAGCGUACCGGUGCGCGUACCAAGAAGAGGACGACGUGGGGGAGAUGGGAAUAAACCUGUCCAAGGAGCUCGUGGCUGUCGCCGGCGACACGCUUCAGGCCAACAUCGUCGGAAUGGGGUCCCUCGUACUCCCACCAUCGGAGAAGCUGCUCUUUGCGCUCUCGUUCGUUGCACUUAAGGUUUUCAACAAGAAGAUGAAGCUAUACGUCCCCGAUUUCCGCACGGCCUUCCAGCACUUUUGCAUCCAUUGUGGUGGCCGGGCUGUGAUCGACGCGGUGCAAACUACCUUACGCUUAUCGGAUGAGAAUAUUGAGCCAUCGCGGAUGACGCUGCACCGGUUCGGGAACACAUCUAGCAGUUCGUUAUGGUACGAGCUUGCAUACAUCGAGGCGAAGAGACGGAUGUGCAAGGGCGACCGGGUGUGGAUGGUUGGGUUCGGUUCUGGGUUCAAGUGCAACAGCGCCGUGUGGCAGUGCAUCAGGCCGGCCAGCAACACCGAUAUUGGCACGCCUUGGGCUGAUUCUAUCCAUAUGUAUCCGUUGAACAUCUCUCGAAAGUAAGCUAAAAUUAAGGUCUGUGCACGUACAAGUACGCCUCGAUUCGCACAAAAAGAUUUUCAUUUGUUCAUGCAGCAAUGAACAACACUUUCACAGG